GAUGCUGAUGAUGAUGACGAUGACGAUGAUGAUGAUGAUGAUGAUGAUGAUGAUGAUGAUGAUGAUGAUGUUGAGGAUGAUGAUGAUGAUGAUGAUGAUGAUGAUGAUGAUGAUGAUGAUGAUGAUGCUGAGGAUGAUGAUGGUGAGGAUGAUGAUGAUGAUGGUGGUGUUGAUUAUAUUUAUGAUGACGAUAAUGAUGAUGAUGAUGAUGAUGAUGAUGAUGAUGAUGAUGAUGAUGAUGGUUAAUGAUGAUGAUGAUGAUGAUGAUGAUGAUGAUGAUGAUGAUGAUGAUGAUCGAUGA